UCUUCCUCUUUCGGUGAAAUUUGCAUUUAAUCCCUCAGUCUCACUGACUCUCUCUCUCUCUCUCUCCUAGCUCAAACCCUAGCCCAAUUUCUCUCUAUCCCUCAUCGCAAUCGAAUUCAGUCUGAGUCACUAACGAGAUCGGGCUCGGUUGGAACGCCAGAUAAUUGAGGUUUGAAACGCUGCGUUUUGGGUGGGGUAUAGUUUGGAAUUGAUUCGAGUGAGAGGAGGAGGACAGAGAAAUAGGAGGUUGAGCUAUGGAUGGUGAUUCGUGGAGCGCUCGUCUCUCUUCGGCUUCGAAGCGGUACCAGUCCGCUCUUCAAUCGCGAUCCGAUAUGUUCAUGGGAUUUGAAGAACUUGAUGGGGAUGAUGAUAUAAGGGAGGAGUUUCCAUGCCCAUUCUGUUCAGAGUAUUUCGAUAUUGUUGGAUUGUGCUGCCACAUUGACGAAGAGCAUCCUGUGGAGGCAAAGAAUGGGGUAUGUCCAGUUUGUGCAAUGAGAGUGGGGGUUGACAUGGUUGCGCACAUAACUCUACAGCAUGGAAACAUAUUCAAGAUGCAGCGCAAGAGGAAAUCACGUAAAAGUGGGGCACAUUCUACACUAUCGUUGCUGAGGAGAGAGCUGCGAGAAGGAAAUUUCCAGUCCCUUUUUGGGGGAUCUUCCUGUAUAGUCUCCUCAUCAAAUGCAGCACCAGAUCCAUUGUUGUCAUCAUUUAUUUUGCCUAUGGCUGAUGAUUUUGUAAGUGGUCAGCCUCCGUUUUCUACUGAAAAAAGCUCUGUCAAGAAAAGCUCAGAGGAGAAAGUAUCAGAGCGAAAUGUCCAGUCAUCUCCCCUCUCUAUCAAGGAUCAAGAAGAGAAGGCAAAAAGAUGCGAGUUUGUUCAUGGGUUGUUGUUGUCCACCAUUCUCGAUGACAAUUUAUGAAGAAAGUUGUUAAUGGCUGCGUAGUGGUCUUCAAAAUUACAACCAAGAGCUCUGCCAUGUAUGGUUUGUUUGUAGUGAAUAUGCCAAUGUAUCAAACAGAGAGUGUGGAAUAAGGUGUAAUGAUGAGUGUAAUUUACGUCGCAUGUGAACUUUAGUUGCUAGGCCUGAACAUACUUUAAUUUCAGGUCAUAAAUUAAAAAGAAAAAAGUGAGUUCUUCCCA